AUGGGCGGCGGCGACCUGGAGUACCUGCUGCGGCUGCUUCACUGGGCGGGGACGCUGCGCCACCCGCGAGCUGGCCUGUGGUCCAGCCGCGCCUUCUACGCCCGCAAAGCCUUAGUGAUGGCUGCUGUGGUGCUGUUCCUCAGCUCCCACGCUGCGGUCAUCGUGCUGGAAGGCACAGCAGACCUGGACCGCUUUACCCGCGCGCUCUGUUUCUUCAACACUUCCUUCAUCUGGCUGCUCCGCCUCACACACGUCGCUGUGCGAGAGCGACGCUUCCACGCUAUGGUGCUACAGAUGGGCAGCGACUUUGGAGAGUUCGUGACACGACGCGAUGCUGCGUUGCUGAGCAUGCGCGGUCGCUCGCUGCGGCGAUUCGUGCUCGCCUACCUGUCGUUUGGCGCGGUGGCCGGCAUCGGCUGGGACGUGUUCCCGCUGGUGCGCUACGGCGUCUGCAGCGAGGGGCUGCCCUUCUACAUGGCGCUGCCCUACAGCGUCGACCAGCCACUUGCCUUCGCCGCCACGUGGCUCUUCUGCUUCUGCAUAACAAUGCACGUUGCCGUAAUCACCAUGGUAUUCGACUCCUACAACGUCAGCCUCAUGGCUCAGCUGCGCCAGCAGCUGAGUGUGCUGUCCGGCAACAUCCGUGCUCUAGCGGACGAGGGAGGUCGCGAGUUGUUGUCUGUCGCGUACUCCAGUCAGACCAUGAAGUCGCCAACACCUGUCAAAAGCAAUCAUUUACGUCAUCGUCUGCGGAGCAUCAUUCGCCACCACCAAGCUAUCAUCAGGAACGUUGAGUCGCUGGAGGAGUGCUUGGGAAGCAUGCUGUUAGGGCAAAGCCUGUCCAUCGGGGCCUCCAUCUGCUUCCAGCUGUUCCAGGUUGCCACGAGUGCGGAAAGCUUGGCAGAGGCCGGCAAGUUCGGUUGCUACCUGUCCGUCAUGCUGGCUCAGCUCUUCGUCUACUGCUGGUUUGGAGACGACCUCAUCACAGAGGUUUUAAAUGUGUCUUACUCAUUCUUUGCCAUUCUUCGGAAUUUCAAGGAAGAAUAG